AGCGCCCAUUCGGAGAUCUUACAGUGAUCAAAGUUUUGGAAGGACACCCCCUGGCACACCGACAAAGCUCAAACAGACUCUGGCCAGACACCCAUCCAGUCUACGAGGUUCAGGACGUCCCCUCCUCCAGAGAUCUUCUCCCUCUGCCCACACCAGUGACCCUCAGGCCCAGCACCCGCCCUCCAGUCCCUACAGCCUCUCAUCUCCUCAGUCCUUUCUGCAGACAGCCAGGGCACUGGGCCUGCAGGCCUCACAGCGCCUCCUGCAGGCAGUCACCCAGAAAUACAGGUUGAAAAACGAAGGGAAGCCCCCAGCUGCCAGGUUCAUGGCCGAGGUUCCUGCUGCAGCACAGGUGGAGCUCAGCAAGAGAAGGGUGAUGAUGGAGAGCUGGAGCCCCGAGGAGGAUGGAGGAGCUGCAGUUGAGUUCAUCAUCCUCAGGAGACAGGUGAUGAAGAUGAGCCGUCGGCUGGCGUCUCUGGAGCGUCACAGCACGGAGCGGAGGAACACUGAGGUGGUUUUGUUCUCUCUGCUGCUGUCAGCCUGCAUGCUGAACGUGUGGCUGUGGAUCCGCAGAUAGCACACACUGAACAACACACACACACACACACAGCGAAUGUCACAAACACACCUUAAACACUCUGUGUGACACAAAGACACAAACACUACAGAACGAUUGAUGUAGAAACAGGAAAUAGUCCAGAAUGCACUGCAGCUGCUGUCCACCCCACAGGUGAAUAUUUGAGUGACUGCAUGUUGAUGGUUAAGGUCACCUGUCAGCUACAUGAUGAUGCUCUGUGACACGUGCAGGUGUUUCAACCUGAAUACUACAGCGGGAUGAUGAUGUGAUGCAGUGUAAUGAUCUGUGUUAGGAAUGUUUGUCAUUUUAAUCUUAGAAACUAAAGAUCUAUCACAUGAAACUAUGAGCACCAGUGAAUACAAACCUAACACUGUUUGAAGUCUGAUUGUUACAUUUGUUAUUUUAGACUUUUCUUGAAGCUGUGCCGAUAUUCUCUGAAGCAGCAUUUCUGUAAAUGUCUCUAUUAAUGUCUUUAUAUUUAAUAAAGUAGAGUUUAUAUUUGAAA